CCCGUCCUGAAACCCAUGCGCCCGCCCGCUCGCGUCACCGACAGGCGGGGCCGGCGCGCGGUAGGACCAAGCUGUCAGCUGGUGAGGAAACCUGCCGUUUGUUGUGCCGCAGCUGGUGACCGUUCACGGCCGCGAAUCGCAGGCCCAACACGCCAGCCGCUAGGGCCGUCCGUAUCACCCACCCCUCGUGUAAAAGCCGCCGUCGUCGCCGUCUCGGCUCGCGGCCAUUUCCUCGGCCUGACCCCGUGCGUUUACCCCACACAGAGUACACUCCAACUCCAGUCCAGUCCAGCCCACUGCCGCUUCUGCCCGCCCAUCGUACCGUCGCCCGCCCCGAUCCCGGCCGCCGCCAUGUCGUCGGCGGUCGCGUCCCCCGCGUCCUUCCUCGCGCUCGCGUCCGCCUCGCCCGGGAGAUCAUCACGGAGGAGGGCGAGGGUGGGCGCGUCGCCAACCCGCGCUGGGGCCGGCAGGCUGCAAUGGCGGCCGUCGCCGCUGCAGCGCACGGCUCGCGACGGAGCGGUGGCCGCGCGCGCCGCCGGGAUCGACGACGCCGCGCCCGGUAGGCAGCCCCGCGCUCGCCGCUAUGGCGCCGCCACCAAGGUCGCGGAUCCCGUCAAGACGCUCGAUCGCGACGCCGCGGAAGGUGGUGGGCCGUCCCCGCCGGCACCGAGGCAGGACGCCGCCCGUCUGCCGAGUAAGAACGGCACGCUGAUCAACGGUGAGAACAAACCUACCGGCGGCGGUGGCGCGACUAAAGACAGCGGGCUGCCCACACCCGCACGCGCGCCCCAUCUGUCAAUCCAGAACAGAGUACCGGUGAACGGUGAAAACAAACAUAAGGUCGCCUCGCCGCCGACCAGCAUAGUGGAUGUCGCGUCUCCGGGUUCCGCAGCUAACAUUUCCAUCAGUAACAAGGUGCCGCCGUCCGUUGUCCCAGCCAAGAAGACGCCGCCGUCGUCCGUUUUCCCGGCCAAGAAGGCGCCGCCGUCGUCCGUUGUCCCGGCCAAGAAGACGCUGCCGUCGUCCGGCUCAAAUUUUGUGUCCUCGGCCUCUGCUCCCAGGCUGGACACUGUCAGCGAUGUGGAACUUGCACAGAAGAAGGAUGCGCUGAUUGUCAAAGAAGCUCCAAAACCAAAGGCUCUUUCGGCCCCUGCAGCCCCCGCUGUACAAGAAGACCUUUGGGAUUUCAAGAAAUACAUUGGUUUCGAGGAGCCCGUGGAGGCCAAGGAUGAUGGCUCGGCUGUUGCAGAUGAUGCGGGUUCCUUUGAACAUCACCAGAAUCAUGAUUCCGGACCUUUGGCAGGGGAGAACGUCAUGAACGUGGUCGUCGUUGCUGCUGAAUGUUCUCCCUGGUGCAAAACAGGUGGUCUUGGAGAUGUUGCGGGUGCUUUGCCCAAGGCUUUGGCUAAGAGAGGACAUCGUGUUAUGGUUGUGGUACCAAGGUAUGGGGACUAUGAGGAAGCCUACGAUGUCGGAGUCCGAAAAUACUACAAGGCUGCUGGACAGGAUAUGGAAGUGAAUUAUUUCCAUGCUUAUAUCGAUGGAGUGGAUUUUGUGUUCAUUGACGCUCCUCUCUUCCGACACCGUCAGCAAGACAUUUAUGGGGGCAGCAGACAGGAAAUUAUGAAGCGCAUGAUUUUGUUCUGCAAGGCCGCUGUCGAGGUUCCUUGGCACGUUCCAUGCGGCGGUGUCCCUUACGGGGAUGGAAAUCUGGUCUUCAUUGCAAAUGAUUGGCACACGGCACUCCUGCCUGUCUAUCUGAAAGCAUAUUACAGGGACCAUGGUUUGAUGCAAUACAGUCGCUCCGUUAUGGUGAUACAUAACAUCGCUCACCAGGGCCGUGGCCCUGUAGAUGAAUUCCCGUUCACCGAGUUGCCUGAGCACUACCUGGAACACUUCAGACUGUACGACCCCGUCGGCGGUGAGCACGCCAACUACUUCGCCGCCGGCCUGAAGAUGGCGGACCAGGUUGUCGUCGUGAGCCCCGGGUACCUGUGGGAGCUGAAGACGGUGGAGGGCGGCUGGGGGCUUCACGACAUCAUACGGCAGAACGACUGGAAGACCCGCGGCAUCGUGAACGGCAUCGACAACAUGGAGUGGAACCCUGAGGUGGACGUCCACCUGAAGUCGGACGGCUACACCAACUUCUCCCUGAAGACGCUGGACUCCGGCAAGCGGCAGUGCAAGGAGGCCCUGCAGCGCGAGCUGGGGCUGCAGGUCCGCGGCGACGUGCCGCUGCUCGGGUUCAUCGGGCGGCUGGACGGGCAGAAGGGCGUGGAGAUCAUCGCGGACGCGAUGCCCUGGAUCGUGAGCCAGGACGUGCAGCUGGUGAUGCUGGGCACGGGGCGCCACGACCUGGAGAGCAUGCUGCAGCACUUCGAGCGGGAGCACCACGACAAGGUGCGCGGGUGGGUGGGGUUCUCCGUGCGCCUGGCGCACCGGAUCACGGCGGGCGCCGACGCGCUCCUCAUGCCCUCCCGGUUCGAGCCGUGCGGGCUGAACCAGCUCUACGCGAUGGCCUACGGCACCAUCCCUGUCGUGCACGCCGUCGGCGGCCUGAGGGAUACCGUGCCGCCGUUCGACCCCUUCAACCACUCCGGGCUCGGGUGGACGUUCGACCGCGCCGAGGCGCACAAGCUGAUCGAGGCGCUCGGGCACUGCCUCCGCACCUACCGGGACCACAAGGAGAGCUGGAGGGGCCUCCAGGAGCGCGGCAUGUCGCAGGACUUCAGCUGGGAACAUGCCGCCAAGCUCUACGAGGACGUCCUCGUCCAGGCCAAGUACCAGUGGUGAACGCUGCUACCCGGUCCAGCCCCGCAUGCGUGCAUGAGAGGAUGGAAAUGCGCAUUGCGCACUUGCAGAUUUGGCGCAUGCAGGAACGUGCCGUCCUUCUUGAUGGGAACGCCGGCAUCCGCGAGGUUGAGACGCUGAUUCCGAUCUGGUCCGUCGCAGAGUAGAGUGAAACGCUCCUUGUUGCAGGUAUAUGGGAAUGUUUUUUUUUUCCUUUUUUUUUUUUGCGAGGGAGGUAUAUGGGAAUGUUAACUUGGUAUUGUAAUGUGGUAUGCUGUGUGCAUUAUUACAUCGGUUGUUGUUGCUUA